CCAUCUUGGUCGUCGUCGUUCAAAUGCUAUAGAUAAACUGCCACUCUGCAGCGUGCGCCUGAGGUUCCGUGUCGGAAUGCGCUCGUCUGCUGCGCUCGUGCUGCUCGGCGCGACGCUCUCGUACGCGACGAAGACGCCAUGGACGCGUGUGUGGCGGUACGGCGCCAAGCAGAACGAACCGACGCCCCGCGCUGCCCACAGCAUGGUACUCUGUGACAACGAGACGCUGGUCGUCUAUGGCGGCAUCGGCGACGAAGAAGACAGCGCCAAGGACGACGCGUGGACGUUCAACCUGACGUCGUUUGCAUGGACCAAAGUUGGCGUGGACGGCCCUCGCCCGCACAAGCGCUUCCACCACUCGGCGGCGGUGCGGCGCUCGCCUGCAAGAGAAAUGUACAUCUUUGGCGGCAUGUCCGUGUGGCAAGAGCUACCGUCGCCCAUACUGCACUAUGCGCAGACCCAAGACCUCUGGCGCCUCGAACUCGAUGCCAAUCCGCCCGUCUGGGUGCUUGAGCCUGCGCUGAACGGCCCGAGCAACCGCAGCGAGGCGACCGCGAUCACGUUCAACGAUCGCAUGUAUGUCUUUGGGGGUAUCGAGUACGACACGAGCUCCACAAGCCGGGGGCACUCGCGCUGUUUCAACGAUAUUUGGACGUUUGACUAUACGACCAAGGUCUGGACGCAGCUGCUUUUGCCGGCCAAGCACGUGCCGUCCCCGCGCUUCUCGCACGCCGCAAGCACAAUCACUGUCGACGGCGUCACAUCCAUGCUAAUCUUUGGCGGCCGCCAAUUGACCAAAGACGACGGGUGGGCCCUGCUGGACGACAUUUGGCUCUUUUCGUUCGAGACCCAUGCGUGGACACAAGUGCACGGCACGCCCGCGUUCAAGCGCGCGUACACGACCAUGGUGACGGUCGACAGUGACAUGUGGCUCUUUGGCGGCUACUUCAAGUCGGACUACAGCACAAAUGGCUACGUCUAUGACGACACGGUCCACGCGCGGCUCUCCGGCGCGCACACACAAUUCUCCAAAAACAACGAGACUGAUAUGGACGAGGGAUACCCGAGCGUCCGGUACUUGCAUCGCGCCGUGGCCUGGCAAGGGAAAAUGGUCGUCUUUGGCGGUCGCUUCCAGCACGCUCUGGGCGACAUGUGGAUCCAAGAUCUCGACGCGACCUUGCUGCAUCCGGUCACGGACGUGCACGAGCUCGAGCGUAGCGAUAUGAACUCGCUCUACGUCGCCUGUGUGCUGUUUGCGAUUUUCACUGUGUUUUUCAUUCUCACGCUCGUGCGCUUCCGGCUCCACCACGUGCACGUACGACAACUUCCGACCGCGCCACUGCGCUACGUGCCGCGCGGCGUCUCGAACCAGCGCUUGCUCGAGCUCAAGACGAAAAAGUACCAAGCGGUGGCGUCCACUGACACCAACGCGGACCAAGUCGACUUGUGCCCGAUCUGCCUCGCGGACUUUAUAAGUGAUGACGACGUGCGCGAUCUGCCGUGCAAGCACCUCUUCCAUGUCGCUUGCAUUGACGAGUGGCUGCGCAAAAACAAGACCUGCCCCAUGUGCAAGCUUGACAUUGAGGCCGUGUAAUCGCCAACACGAACAACAAGAUUGCUUUGGA